AUGCAUCCGAUUAAUUCAAAUCCCAGUAUCACCGUUGUUGAUAAAACUACGCAAAACCGUCCAUCGUCUCCGCGACAAUUUUUCGAACGUCUCUACGGUCAUCUCGAAUCAAAUGAAACUGUGUCCAAUAUAAAGCCAAGUGCCGCUAGUGGUGAUGCGCAAAUCACAACAUCUAAUGAAACUGAAAAAAAUUAUGUGGCCAAUUUGAGUGCGACAAUAUGUGAUAGCACCUAUCAGAGCGAUGAGGGCAGUCUGUCUUCUCCAGAAAUCUCUAUAAACGACGAUGAGAGAUUACCAAAUGGAUGUAGCAUGUAUGAUCCGUACAGCGCGCCUGAUUAUAAUAAAGUUUGCUACAGUUCAAGGACAGCGUUGCCAAAUAUUCCAUUUGGAUUUCCAAGUGAACCAAACUUUACCGCCGGUUUUACGGCCUUUCUUGCUCGUCGUAGACGGAAGGAGGGUCGUCAACGUCGACAACGCACCACAUUUAGCACUGAGCAGACGUUGCGUCUAGAAGUGGAGUUUCAUCGUAAUGAAUACAUUUCGAGAAAUCGUCGCUUUGAAUUGGCGGAAACGUUGCGUUUAACCGAGACACAAAUUAAAAUUUGGUUCCAAAAUCGACGCGCAAAGGACAAACGCAUUGAAAAGGCUCAAAUUGAUCAGCAAUAUAGAAAUUUUGUCGUCGCCAAUGGUUUUAUGACCACAAUCAUGGGACACACAGCGAGCUAUCCACCGCCCAUGCCAAUGAUAACGAAUCUUCAUCAGGGCUUUUACCAACAACAUGCGCCCAAUAACAAUGGCAUUUUACAACCAACACCAACAACACUAACUGGUCCACCACCACCACCACCUUCCUCGCUGCCACCAACGGCGUCGCAGCAACAAACACGCAAUUCGAUCGUGCCGCAUACGCGUACACUGAAUGGCAUCAACAACAACAAAAAUGUCGCCGCAAGAACACCAUCGCUUGAUGCCAAUUUCUACACACAAACAACAGCACAUUCAGUGCUAGAUCCACAGAGGCACGCACCACAGCUAGCUGCAAACCAGCUUGAAAGCCUUGGUGGCCAUUAUGGCGAUUUGAGUGAACGGGCAUUUUACAAAGGCGUAAGCGGAAGUAAUGCUUCUAGUGGCUUAACUACACUCAUCGAUUCGUGUUAGCCAAUUGUAAUGGAAGCGAGAAGAAGUCGAGCGCUUAUUUGAUUUGUAUGUGCAUUUUAUUUGCAUUUUUUUAUGGUUGAAGGUAUGGAGUGAAAUGUUCCGAUUUUUGUAUAUAUUCGAACAUACUAGAAACUUUGAAUUAAACCUAUAAUAAUUAGAUUAAUAAAAAGAAUAAAAAAUA